UUCAACGUUCGCGUGAAGGAAUUUUAUGGUUAGCCUAAACUUUAUGACUCUGUGCACUAGUACCCCUGUGCACCAGGGGAAAAUGGUGAACACUACAUCCUAUCAUAUCUCACGCGUGACCGAUUCUUCAAACACUCUGUGCACGCAAGUAUUUGUGUAAUAGUAUCUAAUGAUAAAACACCGUAUACUACUACGUACGUAUAACCAUGCAAAGAGUACAAAGUACACUGCCCAUCUUGCUUUGAACCACUCAGUGAUUGAAGUCGUUUUCGUACUAUACAGGUACCGUACGUUUAAAAGCUGGUUCGACGCACGGACAAUCUUGCUUAAAUCAUGGAUAAGUACGUAACCUUGGAAGAAUAUCGGCAGAUGUGGGGCGAGGCUGAACUCCUGCAUAGACCAGACGAGGAGUACGAGGGGAUCAAGUUGUACCCAUGCAUGGCCAAGUCUGUGGAGCGUCUCAAGACUUGGACAGUCAGAGAAGACGAUGUCUGGAUCGUGACAUUCAUGAAAGCAGGCACAACUUGGGCCCAAGAGAUCGUGUCUUGCAUCAUGCAGGACGGAGACUUGGAAGCAGUCAACAAGAGACACACGGAUUUCCGAGUGUUGUUCAUUGAAAGUGACUUCCUGGAACAAAUUCGGCGUCUAAAAAACCUUCCAGACACGCUCCAGAUAGCGGACGAGACGCCAUCCCCUCGGAUACUCAAGACCCAUCUCCCGGGCCCGCUCCUACCUCCCCAGAUAUGGCAGAAGAAACCCAAGAUUGUCUACGUCUUGCGAAACCCCAAGGAUCUCGCGGUGUCCUUUUUCCACUUCUCCAAAAUGGGCGAAACGGAUCCCAAGAUACUCGCCCAGACGUUUGGGGAGUUCUUGGAAGAAAUGCUGGAAGGAAAAAAUCACUACGGACCAUGGUGGGACCACUAUCUGUACUUCUGGAGACUGAGACACGAAGAGAACAUUCUUAUCUUGCGAUUCGAAGACAUGAAACAGGACCUGCGAAGCAAUGUCCAGAAAGUCAGUAAAUUUCUCGGCAAGAAUCUCUCCGAUGAGAAACUCGACGCCAUCACGGAGCACUGUACGUUCGGCACCAUGAAGAAGAACAAGAUGUCUCACCAUGGCAACCUAAUUGAUCAAAAGAACUCACCUGAAGGAAGCUCCUUCAUGAGGAAAGGAAAGGUAGGCGACUGGAAGACCCACUUCACAGUUGCGCAGAACGAAGCAAUGGACGCCCUCAUUCGAGACAAGCUGCACGGAACGGGGCUGAAAUUUGACUACCAGCCAAGGGAUAAAAACAACCACAAGUCAAUAGAAGUCAAUCACAAGUCAAAUACACACCAAUCGCCAACUUUUACAAUUUCCAGUCAAGUAAUAACAACACUGACAACGGAAUUCCUUUGGCAAUGUCCAUCCCCUGGUAGUCGUGAACGUUCGUGUGAUAAACUGCCGAUUCGUUACGUAGAUCAGCAGCUGUGGUGCGAGGCUGAACUCCUGCAUCAUCCAGACAAGGAGUACGACGGGAUCAAGUUGUACCCAAGCAUGGCCAAGUCUGUGGAGGAUCUCAAGACGUGGACAGUCAGAGAAGACGAUGUCUGGAUCGUGACAUUCAUGAAAGCAGGCACAACUUGGGCCCAAGAGAUCGUGUCUUGCCUCAUGCAGGACGGAGACUUGGAAGCAGUCAACAAGAGACACACGGUAUUCCGAGUGUUGUUCAUUGAAAAAGAUUUCCCGGAACAAAUUCGGCGCCUGCAUGAUCUCCCAGACACGCUCCAGAUAGCGGACGAGACGCCAUCCCCUCGGAUGUUCAAGACCCAUCUCCCGGGCCCGCUCCUACCUCCACAGAUAUGGCAGAAGAAACCCAAGAUUGUCUACGUCUUGCGCAACCCCAAGGAUCUCGCGGUGUCCUUUUUCCACUUCUCCAAAAUAGGCCAGACGGAUCCCAAGAUACUCGCCCGCACGUUUGGGGAGUUCUUCGAAGAAUUUCUGGCAGGAACAAAUCACUAUGGACCAUGGUGGGACCACUAUCUGUACUUCUGGAGACUGAGACACGAAGAGAACAUUCUCCUCUUGCGAUUCGAAGACAUGAAACUGGAUCUACGAAGCAAUGUCCAGAAAGUCAGUAAAUUUCUUGGCAAGAAUCUUUCCGAUGAGAAACUCGACGCCGUCACGGAGCACUGUACGUUCGGCACCAUGAAGAAGAACGAGAUGGCUCACCUUGACAACCUGCUUGAUAAGAAGGACUCACCUGAAGGAAGCUCCUUCAUGAGGAAAGGAAAGGUAGGCGACUGGAAGACCCACUUCACGGUUGCGCAGAACGAAGCAAUGGACGCCCUCAUUCGAGACAAGCUGCACGGAACGGGGCUGAAAUUUGACUAUCAGUAGACAAUCAGACUUCUGCACUCUGUCAGCAUUAUACAUGUUUAUGACGGGACUGCAACUGCCAAGACAGGAGUUUGAUGCCAAGAGCCAAUUUUCCACCACCUGUACACAUGGAAAGUAAUACCUACUUGCUCACAUGCCAGACUUUAUUGCAUUGAAUUGUCUUCUCCGUAAUCUUAUCAUGUGGUCGAUUUGGACCUGAACAACCACUGCCAAUCUAUGAAACAUACUGAUUGUUGGCUGAAAAAUAACCAUGGGUAACUUUUCCUGCUUUUGUGGGAGACACGAACUAAUCCAAAGGGACAUUAUUUUACCCCCUCCCCCCCCCUGUAUAUGUACGGUUUUACAGUGCUCCAAUCCUUCGUGCGAUGACAAAAGAAUUUAGGUGUCGCUUUUUUUCCUUGACUAAGAAAUGAUAUUUUGUUUAUAUAUAAGCCCC